ACACUGGAAAUUUGACACGGAGUGAAUGACAAGCAUGUGGUUAGAAAAUCCAAGAUGAAAUCAUGCUUUGUUUAUUUUCUCCUUUCAGUUCGUUUGAAGCAGGGUUCCCAUGAGAGAUGACACACAGCCUUGUUGAUGAUGUUAAGUUGUAGUUUUUUCUGAUCAUAAGACCUGACCGGCUGUUCUUGAUCACCUGAUUCUGAGGUUUUGAUGAAUAAUGCAUACCAGAACCAAACCCUGAUUUAAAAAAAGAGGAAGUGAUGCCGUUUGCAGUCAAGCCAGUCAGAUGAGAUAAAAUGCCGGCAGAAAAUGAAAGUAUAUAAGAGGCCACGAACACACUAACAGCAGAUUUAGACAUUUAAGCUCCUCAAAGGAGGGAAAGAAGACACACUUAGUAACUGAGAUGGAUCUGCGUGAGGCAAAAUGGAAAUUAUUUGCAGUCAGCGUGCUGCUGCUCACACUGUACCCCAGCCAUGCUGCUGCUGUCAGCAUGAAGGAACAUCUAGCUGAUUGUCUGGAGGACAAAGACUACCAUGUGCUGCUGCAGACCGUGAAGACCGGCCUCCCACACAUUAACACGUCUCAUCAUGUUGUUAUUGUCGGAGCUGGCAUGGCUGGGCUGACGGCUGCCAAGUUACUGCACGACGCAGGACACAAGGUAACCAUAGUAGAGGCUAGUGAUCGUGUUGGAGGGCGGGUGGAAACCUACAGGAAUGAAGAAGAGGGCUGGUAUGCUGAACUGGGAGCCAUGAGGAUCCCAAGUUUUCACCGCAUUGUUCACUGGUUUGCUGAAAAGCUGGGGGUAAAGCUGAAUGAAUUCUUCAUGGAUAAUCCCAACACCUUUUACUUUGUUAAUGGGUUGCGGAAGAGGACAUACGCAGUGGAAACAAACCCAGACAUCCUGAAGUACAUGGUGUCGGAAGAGGAGAAAGGGAGGUCAGCCGAUGAGCUGCUGCAGCGAGCUUUGCAGAAGGUGAAAGAUGAAGUGGAGGCUCAUGGUUGCAGGGCUGCACUGAGAAAAUAUGACCAUUAUUCUGUGAAGGAGUAUCUGAAAGAGGAGGGAGGUCUGAGUUCAGAAGCACUGAGGAUGAUUGGAGACCUGCUUAACGAACAGAGCCUUAUGUACACAGCGCUGACUGAGAUGCUCUAUGAUCAGACUGACAUCAGUGACAGAGUCGUGUACGAUGAAGUGACUGGUGGGUCGGACCAUCUCCCUAAAGCUUUUCUUACUGUCCUCGAUGACCCCAUCCUCCUCAACUCAAAGGUCAAGCGCAUCAGCCAAUCACAUAAAGGUGUAGUUGUAUCGUAUCAGACAGGCCAACAGUCCUCUUUGACUGACCUUCCCGCCGACGUCGUCCUGGUAACAACCACAGCCAAAGCAGCCCUUUUCAUUGACUUUGAUCCACCUCUGCCCAUCAGAAAGAUGGAGGCAUUGAGGGCAGUUCACUACGACAGCUCCACUAAAAUCAUCCUCACCUUCAGCAAGAAGUUCUGGGAGAGGGACGGCAUCCGAGGAGGAAAGAGCAUCACAGACCUGCCCUGUCGUUUCAUCUACUACCCCAGCCACAGUUUCCCAACAAAUAAGACCAUCGGCGUACUCCUGGCUUCCUACACCUGGUCUGACGACUCCCUCCUCUUCCAAGGUGCAAGCGACGAAGACUUGAAAGAGCUGGCUCUGAGAGAUUUGGCGAAGAUCCAUGGCGAGCAAGUCUGGUCGCUCUGCACAGGUGUGGUGGUGAAGAGGUGGAGCGCGGAUCCUUACAGCUUGGGCGCCUUCGCGCUCUUCACACCCUACCAACAUUUAGAGUACGCUAAGGAGCUCUUCAGAAAGGAAGGCAGGGUGCACUUUGCUGGUGAACACACAGCCUUCCCUCACGCUUGGAUCGAGACAUCUAUGAAGUCUGCAAUCAGGGCUGCUAACAACAUUAACAAAGCAGUACUCAAAGAUUCAGCUAAAUGUCCAGCACGAGAUGAGCUCUAGGGUCCGAAGAAUUGAGUCUAAGCAACUGAAUAUUAUGGUAUUAAUAUAAAUUAAUUAUAUUUUGAAUGCCACUUUCAUACAAUAUUAAUCAAUAAAACCUGUUUGUAUUGUACAAUAUAAUCAAUAACAAUAAUAGAGUCAGCAUUUAACCUAACAUGUACGUCUUUAGACUGUAGGAGGACACCGGAGCCCAAAAGGGCCCAACCAGCCGGUGGAUUAGAACCCAGUACCUGCUUGCUGUAAAGUGAAAGUUAAUUUAUAAAAAUAUUUUCUUCUUGCCUUGGUCUUGGUCCCCCAGGUAUGUUUGUUUGUCACAUCUCUCAGAAUUUUGUGGCUGUGACCUUCGACUCCUACCUUACCUCACAGAAAUAAAACUAAAAAACUGCA